AUGGAUUCCACUAGCGCCCCAGUACAUGGUGCAUCUGACGUGUUUAGGAGUAUACCAAGGCCGGAGUCUCCGAUACAGGUCUUGACAGGAGCGCCACCUGUGUUCUCUCUAGAGGCCCAAAGAAAUGGUAUGCGAUGGUCUCACGAGCGCGGCUAUUUCCUCCCAGACCCAAAUUGGCCGAGUGGACCAAGCAUCGACGGAAUCAAAGAGACUGUAUGGCCUUUCCCGGAACGUCUCGGUUGCAAGCAUAAUGAAGACGUCUCUAUCAGAUUUCUCACCAACGGCGGAUUCAACAGAAUCUACAGUAUCCAAACCACGGCCAGAGAUUACGUCUUUUGCGUUGCUUUCCCCGUCGAUCCGUGUUACAAAGUGGAAUCUGAAGUGGCCACGGCUGAGCUGGUUAGACAUUUCACAUCUAUCCCGGUCCCAACCAUCUAUGCCUAUGACUCAUCCACCCGGAAUGGACUGGGCCUCGAGUGGGUUCUCAUGGACCGAAUUACCUCUGGCCGUGACCCGCACUGUUCUUGGCGAGCCAUGAGAUAUGACACCGAAGUUCGCCUUGCUGAGACGGCGGGAGGUUGGUCAGCUCAACUAGCCAGUAUCACCUCCAUCAAGAUCGGCAGUAUUUACAUGCGCCAUACAGAUAAUGAGCUGGAGUUCUUCGUCGGGCGAUGUGACUACUAUUUAGCACUUCUCGCAAUGGCGAAGCUUGAUGUCCAAAACGUUACUCUAGCGUACAAGUCCGAGUCCUUCCGGUUCAAGGGAACCUUUCUGGACCAAUCAGUAUUCUUCCUUCUCAACGAUUCUUACGAGAAAUCAGACGAGGCACUCUUCGAAGAUCGAAUGGGGGAGCUAGAGCUGCUUGCAACUGGGAUCAGCAGUCUUCAAGCAGCUUUCCCAGAAUCGUGCGCCAAAGCCGAGAGUCCUCACGACAUGGUCACAAUGCUCGUUGUGUACAUCAAGCUCGUGCCACUCCUCUUCCUAACACGCCCGCCUGUUUUCAUAGACUCAGCAGACGAACUCUAUGAGCCUGAACACAAAGACGUCGGAAGCCUGGAAAGCAUCGACCCUGAGGAGAGAGCAAAAUAUGUCAAAGACAACAAAGAGUGGUAUGCGGAACAUCUGAACGACUACUAG